AUUUUUAUUAUUUUAAAAUAUAGUACCAACAUUUUUACCAUAAUUGGCAUUAAAAAAGAAAAUCCUUGGAGAAGUAGUGACGUUAGUGGGCAGUUGAGAGUCUUCCUCUUUCAAAACCCUUGUUUUCUCACUCUUAAUUCUUCGUAAACGAAAUCCUCAUCCCUGUUUGUCCGCACACAUCACGCACCAUCGCAGAAGUCUCAGGUUUUCGCUUCGGCCAUUCCUCCGCAGCUGCCAUAGCCACUGCGAAGAGUCUGCUCAAGUUAUGUCUGCUUCCGAUGAAAAAAUUGGAGACGAAGAGAAGCACCAUACGGGUGCGCCGGAAGCAGCUUCGUCCGAUAUCAAUGAUUACAAAGUGAUCAAGGAAGGGGAGGCUGAGAUUCUAAUGCGCGUUGAAAAUGAAGUCUUUUAUAACAAGGCUCAGGUUAAUAACAGAGACAUGUCUCUUGCCGUUUUGAGGACAUUUAUAUCAAAACGCCAGCAAGAACAUGAAGCUAGGCUGCUUUCCAGGAAAAUGAAAAGUAGAGCCAAAGAGGUUGCUGAACCUAUUGUUGAAUCGAAAUCUGUGGAGCACGAUGAAAAAUCUAAUGGGGAAUGUGAUGUCCCUCAAGAUAUAUCUCAAGAUGAACCCUGCAGCAUCUUGGAGAACGCAGCAACCAAUCAAGGGGGAAAGGUCCCCGAAGAAUUGAAGCCGGCACGAGUUUUGGAGGCAUUGUCAGCCUCCGGUCUUAGAGCUUUAAGAUAUGCUCGUGAAGUAGAGGGAAUUGAGAAAGUUGUGGCCCUGGAUAAUGAUAAAGCGUCUGUUGAAUCUUGCAGAAGAAAUAUUAAAUUAAAUGGUUCAGUCGCAAGUUCAAAGGUGGAGUCACAUCUUGCUGAUGCUAGAGUCUACAUGCUUACACACCCUAAAGAAUUUGACGUGGUUGAUCUCGAUCCUUAUGGUUCACCAUCCGUUUUCCUUGACUCUGCUGUUCAAUCAGUUGUUGAUGGGGGCAUAUUGAUGUGUACAGCAACAGAUAUGGCAGUGCUUUGUGGGUCUAAUGGCGAAGUUUGCUAUACCAAAUAUGGAGCUUAUGCAUUGAAAGGAAAAUAUUGCCAUGAGAUGGCGUUACGGAUCCUUCUUGCAUGUAUUGAGAGCCAUGCAAACCGCUACAAGCGUUACAUUGUUCCUGUGCUAUCUGUUAAAAUGGAUUUCUAUGUACGAGUUUUCGUCCGUAUAUUCACCUCCGCAAGUGCAAUAAAGAACACUCCUCUGAAGCUGUCCUAUGUUUAUCAAUGCAUUGGCUGUGAUUCUUUUCAUCUUCAGCCAAUUGGAAGGACUGUUUCCAAGAAUACCAGUGUGAAAAAUCUUGCUGGAUUUGGUCCUGUUGUCGCCCAAGAAUGCAGUGAUUGUGGCAAGAAAUACAAUAUGGGUGGGCCCAUAUGGUCUGCUCCAAUCCAUGAUAUGGAAUGGGUUAAUUCAAUUCUAGCAGAUGUGAAGUCUAUGAAGGACCGGUAUCCUGCUUUUGAUCGGAUUUCUGCUGUAUUAACUACAAUUUCUGAGGAGUUACCAGAUGUUCCACUAUUUCUGAGUCUGCACAGCCUCUGUGCAACAUUGAAAUGCACAUCUCCCUCUGCAGUUAUAUUUCGUUCUGCUGUGAUUAAUGCGGGAUAUCGCAUAUCAGGAACUCAUGUAAAUCCGCUAGGUUUGAAAACGGAUGCUCCUAUGGAUGUUAUAUGGGAUAUCAUGCGCUGCUGGGUGAAAAAUCAUCCUGUGAAAGCUCAGCCAGCCGAGCAGGCUGGAAGUGUAAUCCUCGCCAAGGAACCUGUUCUGCAGGUUAAUUUUGCACGAGCUGUCGCUUCCCUUAGCAAAGCACAGGCGAAAAAGGUAGCAAGAUUCCUCCCCAAUCCCGAGAGGCAUUGGGGGCCUAAGGUCAGGGCCGGUCGUAAGAUUACGAGCAAGCACGCCUCACUUCUGGGCGCAGAGGUAGUGAACGGACUGCAGAACCACGAGGAAGGUGAGGACGAGCCAGCAAGCAAACGUAAGAAGACGGAAGAAUCUACUCCUAAUUUAUGAUAAUAGGACUCUCUGCCUUGGCCCUAGCUUGCUGGGACCGCCGAUUAAUUUUCGUCUGCUGCAUUUCAUUUGCAGAGAGAAAUAUACAAGAUUCUCAGCCAUGACCAUUCAGCAUUCUACCCAACCUCGCUUAGGCCACCAAGCAUCAGUUUUGUUUUCUGGUUUUUAUCUUUUUCUAUUAUUUCACCUCUCCAACUAAACUUAUGUUUUAGAUUUUCUUGGUUUCGUCUUUAUUUAUUGACGAGAGGAAAGGCUAAUGAAAUUUUGUUUGUGUUAUUUGAAUUGAAAUUUUGCUUAAUUAUAUAUAUAUUAUUUACCUA